UGAAGCCGGAUGACGCCCCCAUUAGCGGCAAUUGGCCAAUCAGAGCCGAGAGGCAGACUUGUCCUCCUGGCCGCCAUUAAAGAAUUCAAUCCAUGAGCUGAAAUAAUGGAAAUCUGCCGGAGCUAUGGAGCGCAAGCAGGGGGGCGCGCAAGCCGAUGAGUAGCCUCGCCGUUUCGCCCUUUUUCUUUCCCAGGCGACCGCUUUUCGGAAUCGUGCGGGGAGCAUCAUGGUGCUUAUUCGUGCAACGGGGGGCGGCGGAGCUAAUUGUUAUAUGUAGGCGAGCGUUGUGGACCUCUGGUAUGUUAGCUUGCCUGCUAACAGGCUAGCAGCAGAGACCAGGGGGAGGGGAGAGACAGACAAACAGACACACGGACGGACAGAGUUCCUCUACCUUGAAUUUGUUCCAGUUCGGCUAGAAGCCGUGAACAUUACCCCUUUCGGGGUUGAAGUUCUUUUUUUUUUUUUUUUUUUUUUUUUUUUUUUUUUUUUCUUUUUCUUUUUAAACUUUCGGGGUCCCCGUUUUCGGAGCGCCAAUAUCACUUAGUCAGCGGUACUCAAUCCGGGUCAUGAUAACUCGUGCUAUUCUCAUAUUUUCACUCAUGUAGCCCCCGAGCCAGCUCGCUCGCUGUAAACCCAGGGUACAAUAAAUUUGCAAUCGGAUUGAUGACCCGUUUCGCUCGAUGCUCGUCUUUCCGGUCGAUGCGGUCUGUAAGGUCGGCUUAGCUCGCGGGCUAGCGGAGGCUAGCGCCGGCUGGAAGUUGUCUGCCUGACGAGCACUCGGAAACACAGCGCUUCCCCGGCUUUAAGCGCUCAGAGCGGUUCUUGUGUGACACCAUGGACUUCGAGGUUCCGAGGACGCAGUGACAAGGAUGACUUCGUGCUUUGUGCCCAACGGGGCCAGUUUGGAGGACUGCCACUCCAACCUCUUCUGCCUGGCUGAUUUGACUGGGAUAAAAUGGCGACGCUUUGUGUGGGAAGGGCCCACCUCGUCGCCCAUCCUCUUCCCCGUGACCGAGGAGGACCCCAUCUUGUGCAGUUUCAGCCGGUGCAUGGCUGCCGAUGUGCUGAGCGUGUGGAGGCGGCAUCACACGCCGGGUCGCCGGGAGCUCUGGCUCUUUUGGUGGGGUGAUGACCCCAGCUUCGCCGAACUCAUCCACAACGAGCUUUCGAGCGAAGAGGUUGGCGAAUGGGAGAGUGGCCUGUCCUACGAGUGCCGCACACUCCUUUUCAAAGCCAUCCACAACCUGCUGGAGCGCUGCCUCAUGAACCGCGGCUUUGUACGCAUCGGCAAGUGGUUCGUGAAGCCCUAUCAGAAGGACGAGAAAGUCAUCAACAAAAGCGAGCACCUGUCCUGCGCGUUCACAUUCUUUGUGCACGGUGAUAGUAAUGUGUGCACCAGCGUAGAAAUUGCGCAGCACCAGCCUCUGCAGCGAUUAAGUGAAGAGCACCUGAGCCUCGCCCAGCAAAGCUCCAGCCCAUUGCAAGUCAUCUUGAGCCCCUAUGGCUUAAACGGAACUCUUACGGGCCAGGGCUUCAAGAUGUCGGACCACCCGACUCAGAAGCUCAUCGAAGAGUGGAGGCAGUUCUAUCCCAUCAGCCCCAAUCCCAAAGAGGUCCAGGAGGAAAAGAUGGAGGACGGUGAUUGGGAGGAUGACUCCUUAGCAGCAGUGGAGGUCCUCGUUGCUGGGGUGAGGAUGGUGUAUCCUUCCUGUCUGGUACUUCUACCCCUCACGGACCUCCCCACGGUCAUCCCUCAAGGCGCAUCAAACACCUCAGGAAACAUGUGCGGCACUCAGUCAGGCCAGGCCGCCCACAGAGAUCCCGCCAUGUCCUCUGUCACGCUUACGCCACCGACGUCACCAGAGGAAGCUCAGACUGACUAUCAGCCAGCACAGAGAUGGCAUAAAUUGUCUUCUGCGUCCGACGGCUACAAUUCCAACAAUACUCUUCAUGGGGGAAAAAUUCCCCGCAGGCUGGCCAGCCACAUGGUGGAGUCCGUUUGGCAGGAGUGUAACAUAAACCGCACAGGGAACAAGAGGAAGUUUACAACCUUGACCAAUGGGACAUGUGAGGAGGACGGAGGUAAAACUGCGCUGUGGGAUUUUGUUGAGCCCGUCCACCGGCCACAUUGCAAUUGUUCCAGACAUAAAAGUCAAAAGCAGCGGCCCAACAACACUUCGGGACACCCUCCGUCGUCAGGCCAGCCCACCCCACCGGCCCCUAAGCACAAGCUGGCCGAGAAGCUGGAAAAGGUCGAGAAGCAGCAGAAGAGGCCACAAACACCCUUUCACCAUCGCAACUCUGUGAGCGACGAACAGCCACUGGAGCCUCAGACUCAGAGGCUUUGUUUGCGAGCGCAGGAAGAGGGCUCAUACCCCAGCCUGCAUCAUAUGGACACCACGGCGCCCCCCAAAGCACCCACGCUCCACACCCAUGGCCCCCCGGCCGACUUAGUCGGCUCGCCGCCACCCCCGCCUCUCAGCCCACACCCUUGCGAUCAUGCUGAGGGCAACAUGACUCCAAGUGGCAUGAAGAACUCCACACCCAUUCACCAGCCUUUCUAUCCCCCUUCAGUGGAACCUUGUUUGGUGCCACAAAAGAGCUCGUCUGAGGAGCCCCCUCCUGAAAAUAUGCCCUUACCUCUGCCUUUCCCCCCACCUUUUAAUGAAACCUUGGAGCCCACUGUCUUCAUCGGUUCUGCUGUCAACCCCAAUGAAGAUUCCGGACACAACCCCUGGAAGUAUUUUAACUUGCCGAAGAAGAAGGCUGCCGUCUUUCACACGCCUCUCCUACCGAUUGACAAAGUACGAGAUGACUCUGGAAGCGCCGCUGGCGUAGAAAGCGUUGUGUCUGUUACAGAGUUGAUGGCAGGCUCCAUGAAGCCUCUGAAAGUUUCCAGGGACCUUGUGAAGACCUACGCCCAGAGGAGGAACACGUACCUCUCUUGCGCCACUGUGGACGGUGACCACAGCGAGGAGCCAGACCCUUAUGCCUUUGUCGAGGGGGACGAAGAGUUCAGUUUCACGGAAAAGAGGGACAAGUCUGGAGCUGAGAGGGACGGAUGCAAAAAACACAAGCUGGAUGAUGGUUCAGGAGCUUCAGCUGAUGAAGGACCACCAGGUAGUAAACCAGCCGCCUCAACCAGCCUCAUCCACGAGAACGAUUUGGCAGUGUCCUACAGUGAUUUGGAUAAAAUUUUCAAUUCGGAUGAAGAUGAGCUAACGCCUGGAGCCAAAAGAGCUGGAGCAGGUGUAGAUGACAAGUUACUCUCCAAAGAAACAAAACCCACCUCUUUGGACCCCUUGUCAUGUAUAAGCACGGCAGAUCUGCACAAGAUGUUUCCCACCCCUCCCUCUCUUGAGCAACAGGGUUACUCCCCCAUGAACUCAGGGAGCAAGGACAGCUUGGAAGCGGGGGCAGGUCUCACCUCACUGGAUGGGAGCCAGCUUAACAACAACUUCAAGAUGGAAGUGGAGGAGGGAUUCUGCAGCCCCAAGCCCUCUGAAGUAAAGGACUUUUCCUUCGUGUACAAGCCAGAGACAAGUCAGCCGUUCAUCGGUUGCUCCAUGUACGCCCCCCUGAAGACUCUGCCCAGUCAGUAUCUGUUGCCGAUCAAACUGCCGGAGCACAAAUGUGUGUAUAUGCGCAACUGGAACAUUGGCAAAAUGGAGCUGAUGCCACCGGUGGCGACUAAAGAUGGUAACAUCCCAAGUGUGGAGCCUGAGGACAUCCAAAGCCACACCCCUCAGACCCACACACCUGUGAUGUCCAGCAGCGCUCCUCCCAGCAACAGCGGCACGGGCAUCCUCCCUUCCCCGGCCACACCCCGCUUUUCUGUACCCACACCUCGCACUCCGCGAACGCCCCGGACACCCCGCGGACCCUCCAGCGUCCAGGGCUCGCUCAAGUAUGACAACUCGGACCUCUACUCCCCCGCCUCCACUUCUUCCACCUGCCGGCCACUCAGCUCCGUGGAGCCGGCCACUGUUCCCUCCAUACCGGAGGCCCAUAGCCUUUACGUCACGCUCAUCCUCUCAGAGUCUGUUAUGAACCUCUUCAAAGACUGCAACUUUGACAGCUGCUGCGUGUGUGUCUGCAACAUGAACAUCCGCGGGGCUGACGUGGGCGUGUACCUGAAGGAUAACGGGGAGGCCCAGUACCCGUGCACGUGCGGCUUCAGCGCCGUAGCAAAUCGCCGCUUUGGCCAGUCAGCCGGGCUCUUUCUGGAGGACGAGCUGGACGUGGUCGGGCGUGGCUCGGACGCCAGUCGCGACACGGAGCGCUGCUUCGAAGAGCAGCGGGCAUCUGCGAAACACAAGUCCUGCAGUCUGAAGGAGAAACCACCGGAUGAGCUCAUUCUACUGUUACAGGACCAGUGCACCAACCCGUUUGCCCCGAUGGCGGGCGUGGAGUACCCCAAAUUGAGCUCUGCCCCCAGCUCUUUUGUAAGGGUGGAGGAGAGAGACUGUUAUAAUGACUGCUACAUGGCACUGGAGCACGGCAGGCAAUUCAUGGAUAACAUGUCAGGAGGCAAAGUGGAUGAAACACUAGUGAAAAGCACCUGUCUUCAUCAGUGGCCAAAAUGCAAAUCAGCGGAUAUGAACAAGCUGUUCUCUCAGGAUGUACUGCGGGUGCUGUUGUCCCUUCAGCCUGUCUUGCAGGAUGCCAUUCAAAAGAAGAGGAGUGUGCGUUCGUGGGGGGUGCAGGGACCCCUGACCUGGCAGCAAUUCCACAAGAUGGCCGGGAGAGGGUCUUAUGGUACAGAUGAGUCUCCUGAGCCACUGCCUAUCCCUACAUUUCUGGUGGGCUAUGAGUACGAUUUUGUGGUACUGUCCCCAUUUGGCUUGCCCUACUGGGAAAAGCUCCUCCUGGACCCCUUUGGCUCCCAGAGGAAUGUCGGGUUUGUUGUCAUCUGCCCAGAAAGUGAAACGCUCAUCAACCGCGCUAAAACCUUCUUCAAAGAUUUGAGCGCCAUGUAUGAGGCUUGUCAGCUGGGGCAGCACAGACCCAUCUGCAAAAGCUACACCGACGGCAUCCUGAAGGUGGGCAGCACGGAAGGCAGGAGCAUGGCCGAGCAGCCUCUGAGUGACUGGUUCCUCAAGAUGGCCGCCAGAGACGCCAACAACGAGGCCUUUAUUAAACUUAGACUCUUUGCUCAAGUUUGCCGCUACGAUCUAGCUCCCUACUUGUCACAGCAAUCUCUGGACAGCUCGCUCCUCUCACAGCGCAACCCAGGUUCAACAUCUUCACAGAACUCUGCCUCUUCCAGCACCACUUCAGGACACCCGAGCACCACCAUCAACAGCACUGCUCAGCCGCCCAAUCCCCCUGGCCCCCAGGCCAUGGCCGGGUUGGUGACGUCCAAGCCGGGGGCCUACCCCCAGUUUGGUGCCGGUGGGUUGCAGGGUAGCGCGGUGCAUAAUGGCCCCCAGUCGAACCAGCAAGGCCAGAAUGCAGAAAAUGCUGCUGCUGCUGCUGCUGCUGCUCAGAGCUCGACUGAGGCACCAGAGAGCACAAUGGACAGAGACAAAGUGGGCAAGCCAACAGACGGCGAGUCCCAUGCCAUCUCCUACCCGCCUGCCAUCGUAGUGUACAUCGUGGACCCGUUCAGCUACACGGAAGUCGACCGCGAGGUCAACUCUAGCGCCUACACGUUAGGCCUCUUGCGCUGCUACAUGGAGAUGCUUCAGUUCCUUCCCGCUCGCAUCAGAAACGCCGUCUCGGUGCAGAUCGUUCCAUGCCAGUACCUCCUGCAGCCAGUACACAGUGGUGAGCGGCACCUGUAUGGCCAGCACCUCAAAUCGCUCGCCUUCUCUGUCUUCACGCAAUGUCGGCGGCCCCUGCCCAACUCCACCAACUUUAAGGCUCUGACAGGCUUUGGUCCUGGCCUUGCCAUCGAUAUGGCGCUCAAGAACCCGGAGAGGCCAGAGUGUCUCCGUCUGUACACCCCUCCCUUUAUUCUGGCGCCGGUGAAGGACAAGCAGACUGAGUUAGGCGAGACGUUUGGGGAGGCGUCGCAAAAGUACAACAUCCUCUUUGUGGGCUACUGCCUGUCUCACGACCAGCGCUGGCUGCUGGCCUCCUGCACAGAUCAGCACGGCGAGCUGCUGGAGAGCUGCAUUAUCAGCAUCGACGUGCCCAACAGGGCUCGCAGGAAAAUGGGCUCCGCCCGGCAACUGGGUCUACAAAAGCUUUGGGAUUGGUGUCUGGGCCUGGUGCAGGUGACGUCCCUGCCAUGGAGGGUCGUAAUUGGUCGCCUGGGGAGGAUGGGUCACGGUGAACUGAGAGAUUGGAGUAUUCUGCUGAGCAGAAGGAACCUUCAGUCCCUCAGCAAGCGUCUCAAGGAGACGUGCCGCAUGUGCGGCAUCUCUGCCGCAGACACUCCUAGCAUCCUUAGCGCCUGCUUGGUCGCCAUGGAGCCCCAGGGCUCCUUCGUAGUCAUGCCAGAUUCGGUGUCGACGGGCUCCGUAUUUGGCCGCAGCACUACGCUCAACAUGCAGACAUCCCAGCUGAGCACGCCGCAGGACACGUCGUGCACGCACAUUCUAGUGUUCCCCACCUCUGCUAUGGUGCAAGUCAACACCAACACGUCAGAACCCAUUGACAUCAACUUCAACCCGAUCAACCCAGAUGGCUCUGACGGAAUGAAUAUCCUGGACUUGUUCGACAAUGUGGACCCGGACAUCAUCAGUAUCCUGCCUAACUUGCCCACCACCUCCCCUGUUCACUCGCCUGGCUCGCACUACCACCAAGGCGGCGACGGGAUCAAGGGUCAGAGCACGGAUCGCAUGGAGUCACACGAGGAGGCAUUGAACAUCCUGCAGCAGCCGAUGGCGCUAGGCUACUUUGUGUCCACCGCCAAGGCCGGCCCGCUUCCAGACUGGUUCUGGUCAGCCUGUCCUCAAGCUCAGAACCAGUGUCCUCUCUUCCUCAAGGCUUCUCUGCACCUGCACGUGUCGUCUGUCCAGUCCGACGAGCUUCUGCACAGUAGACACUCCCACCCCCUCGACUCCAACCACACCUCCGAUGUCCUCAGAUUUGUCCUGGAGCAGUACAACGCCCUCUCCUGGCUGACGUGCGACCCUGCAACCCAGGAUCGCCGCUCCUGUCUGCCCGUUCACUUCGUGGUGCUGACGCAAAUGUACAACUUCAUCAUGAACAUGCUCUGAUGUCGAUGAGGACUUCGUGCUCUCCCGCCAGCUUCCAAUCAGAUGCCAAGAAUCCAUUUUUGGAUGAUCAAGGGAGGUUUCGUAGGGACGUGUUUUUCAAUGACUGUAGAUCGCAAUCGAUGAAAUUUUAUCCUAAUGAAAUGCCUGCAUAUAUUAUUUAUUGUAAGUUUUUAAAUGUGGAAUUUUUAACGCUUAAUAUCUUUUAUAUAUUACAAAUCUUAGCGGGUGUGUACAUCUCGGUGUAAAGAAAGUGGCUUUGGAAUAAGCGAUGAACUCUUUGCUGUAGAUGGCUUUUAGAAUCUUAUUUUUUCAAAGAAGGGUACACGCCUUUUUAUCGCCACGCUGUAAACAUGAAGUGGACGCCCGGCUUGGCCGCGCCCCUCCACGCGGCGAGCGUCCUGGUAGCGUCUCGUCUCGCCCGCCAUUUGGGGCUCUAGACGCUCUCGCACACUUUAAACUCAAUGAGCUCUGAAGAGGAAUUCAAAAGGUACAUUGUCAGAUGAUAUAUUUUAUAUAACAGAUUUAGGUAAUCUUUUGUGUGUGUGCGUGUGUGUAUAUGUGUACAUAUAAUUGUGUGCCGCUACUGAUGGUGCAGCUUCUGUUUUAGGAAUAAAGUGCGUCUACAUGAUACCAACUCCUUAUGCAUGAGUUUUUUCAGGAUCAUUCAAGCAGGGGUGUCCAAACUUUUUUCUCCAAAAGCCGCUUUCAGAAAAAUCAGAGGAGGGAAGGGCCAACUGAAAAUUCCUCCAAUUUCAUUUGUUAAGGUAAAAUCGGGUGAAAACAGUCUGGGUUCAUGUGUGCUUACGUUGUCUAACACUUAAAGAGGAGUGAAGAAUUUUUUACAUUAGGCUUAAUCUUUUGAGUUAGUGGGUGUUUGAUUGGUCGGUGGAGUUGAUUUCAACUAAUUCCGUGCAGUUAUUUGUUAGUUUCAGGGCUUCAGAGUGGCUAAGCUAGCACGAGUCAAUGGUCCCAUCUUGGCAUGCCAAUAGAAAACAGCAUAUGCACGCAUGAAACUCACCGAUGACCUGUGCAAUCGAUAGUGUUUGCUAUGUUUUCAGGAUAAAGUUAUUCAAAGUUAGCAUUGCAUAUCAAUAAAUGUAGUAGGAACAGCAACAUUUGUAAUCCAGCAGCUCUGCAGGGAACAGGCUGCAGAGCGGAGAUUUUUUUCACCGGUCUCCAAUUCCUUCCUACUUGCCGAAACGUCCCACAAUGCUCAGCGCGUUUGCACAAGCAAAUACACCAAUGCGCACAUCUGUUAAAAGUGGCAAGUACUCACUAUUUUUGU